AGCCUGGGGUGGGACGCGGGCGGGAUCAGAGCUCGGCGUUCGCUCCUGGAGGAGGGGAAUGGCCCUGAGAGGGUGCGGGCUCCGACCUCUUUCGGAGUCGGCGGAUAGAGGCUCGCCUGGGCGCGACGUUUGGGGUGAGCGCUGAGCGCCGGCACCCCGCGUCUUUAUAUGGUGCGCGUGCAUUCGGACGAACACGGAGGAGUCGCUCAUGCUUUGCCUGCUAGUCGUCGUCCUCCAGAUCAUGUCCACAGUUCCCGGGACUCCGCGGGGAAAAAGAAAUUUGUCCAGCGUGGACCCAAAGACCUUUCCAAGCCGUGCGCCUUGCUGCCGGGACCUGGUCUGAGCGGGGCUACCCGGGCAGAUUGUUCUGCCGGAGGGCUUUCUCGGUGUGCUGUUGCUCUGGGUGUUUCGCUGGAGCCCACGCUCAUCCGCCUGUGAGUCCUGGAAGAAAGAGAAACAGCAUCCCGGCAAAAUGGGGAGCAAGGCCCUGCCGGCGCCCAUCCCGCUCCAUCCGUCUCUGCAGCUCACCAAUUACUCCUUCCUGCAAGCCGUGAACACCUUUCCAGCCGCAGUGGACCACCUACAGGGCCUGUACGGCCUCAGCGCUGUGCAGACCAUGCAUAUGAACCACUGGACGCUGGGCUACCCCAACGUGCAUGAGAUCACCCGCUCCACCAUCACCGAGAUGGCAGCGGCGCAGGGCCUGGUGGAUGGGCGCUUCCCCUUCCCGGCCCUGCCCUUCACCACGCACCUCUUCCACCCCAAGCAGGGGGCCAUUGCCCAUGUUCUCCCAGCCCUGCACAAGGAUCGCCCCCGUUUUGACUUUGCCAACUUGGCGGUGGCCGCCACACAAGAGGAUCCCCCGAAGAUAGGAGACCUGACCAAGCUGAGCCCGGGCCUGGGCAGCCCCAUCUCGAGCCUCAGUAAAUUGACUCCGGACAGAAAGCCCUCUCGAGGAAGGUUGCCCUCCAAAACGAAAAAAGAAUUUAUCUGCAAGUUUUGCGGCAGACACUUUACCAAGUCCUACAAUCUGCUCAUCCACGAGAGGACCCACACGGACGAAAGGCCGUACACGUGUGACAUCUGCCAUAAAGCCUUCCGGAGGCAAGAUCACCUGCGGGAUCACAGGUAUAUCCAUUCCAAAGAAAAACCCUUCAAAUGUCAGGAGUGUGGGAAAGGAUUUUGUCAGUCUAGAACUCUAGCCGUUCACAAAACCUUACAUAUGCAGGAAUCUCCACACAAAUGCCCCACAUGUGGAAGAACCUUUAAUCAGAGAAGUAAUCUGAAAACUCACCUUCUCACCCAUACAGACAUCAAGCCCUACAGCUGCGAGCAGUGCGGCAAAGUGUUCAGGCGAAACUGUGAUCUGCGGCGGCACAGCCUGACUCACACCCCGCGGCAGGACUUCUAGAGAAAACCCCCGGAUCUGUCCCCGGGGACCGCGCGGCUCCCCUCCCCAGGCACCUCUGCAAGGCCUCCCAACCGGGGAACCCCGCCCCCAACCCUUCACUGAUCCCCAGCUCUUCUCCCUGCUGGAGCUGCACCUGCAGCUCCCAGGAGUUAACGUGGAGGACUGUGAACUGUAGACAGCCACGCACGGCAUCCCUUCACCGAGAGCAUACGCUGGUUUCCUGUAGAUAUUCACAGCUCAUUUUAGAGCUCUGUACAUAAUGUGUGGGUCUUCGUUGUUUUGUUUGUUUUUGUAUCUCGUGGGAUGCACCUAGAUAAUGAAAAACGGAAGCCAAGUUUAAAGACUGUAUUUUCAAAAUAAAACUUUCUCUUGUUGGUUUCAACACUCCU